GAAAGACGUUAUUCACACAACCACCACCACCUACUGCCAUCCUCUUUCUCUUCGUUCACUAACCAUGUCUACGGACAAGCUUGCUCGUGAUAUCUUCGGAGGCUCCGACUCUGAGCUUUCUUCAGACGACGAUGAGGUCCAAGGCCGACAAUUAGACACAACAGCCUACGAUGACAAUGACGGUGGUUCCGGGGCUGACUCGGAAGAUGAAUACCAGGAAAAACAACCUUCUACUUCUAGCCGCAAGACGAAGAAGACUGGAAAAUCAAAGCAGCGUGAUGAAAGCGAGGAGGGUAAGACAAAGAAACGAAAGAGAACGAGUACGGUCAAGAAGACGAAGAAGAAGAGUGCGUAUGAGGAUGUAGAUUUGAGUCAGCUUCCGCCUGAGCAAGCCAACAAGAUUCGACUUGACAGGCAGAUUGAGGCAAUUCUCAAAACGAAAAAAUCCUCAAGACCGAAGAAGCGCAAGAAUAACGAUGAAGUAUUGGAUUCGUUUGCGGAUGAUGAGGUAGCGAGGUUAAGAGAGACAAUGAAUAAUGCUGCUGAGGAAGAUAUGAAAGCGAACCAGGAAAAGUUGCCGGCUACUGCCAAGUUGAGGUUUUUGGCUGAGGCUAUGGAGACUUUGAGAAAAGCAUCCCUAGCACAAUCAAUUAUCGACAAUAAUCUCCUCGACGCCGUCAAACGUUGGCUCGAACCUCUCCCCGAUCGAUCACUCCCUGCUCUCAACAUCCAACGUGAACUCUUCGUCACCCUUCGCAAGAUGGAAUUUAUCGACUCCUCCGUAAUCAAAGAAUCUGGGCUUGGUCCUCUUGUUCUCUUUUACACAAAAUGCCAGCGAGUGCAGCCUGACGUCAAACGCGUGGCGAACGAGUUGGUGAGUAUUUGGAGUCGACCAAUCAUCAAACGCAGCGCGUCGUAUCGUGAUAGGGUGGUACCGACGAUGAAUAAUAUGGACGUGGACGAUGGUGCUCCCGGAUCGCAGUCCCUGUCGCAAUCGCAAUCGCAGUACAGACCGGAGAAGUUGAACGCGAUCCUAGCGAGGGCGAGGGAAGAGGACAAGAAUAAGAUAAGAAAGAAUGCAGUGAGCAUACCGCAGAGUUCACUUGGAACAUAUACGGUUGCGCCGAAGAAUAAUGCGGGAUUGGCGAAGAUGAAUGCGAGUGUGGAUAAUGAUGUUGAAAGGAGGAAGAAAAACGCGGAGAGGUUGAGGAGUUUGACGAGGAAAGUUGCAGGAAAAUGAGAUAAUUUGUUGUAUACCCUUGUGUCUUCUGCUUAGGCUUGGGAACCGCCGGGCCUUGCUCCGCUGAAUUGCAACCACCGCCGGUCGAUGGCGAUGGCUGAAUUCCUCGGCAAGAUUGCAAUGAUGAUUGAUUUUGGAGGCUACAUAGUUGCGUUAGCGAAUAUAAUAUACGAUAAUACUUUGCAAAAACGAUGAAAUCCUGAACCGCGACGAGUACUAUCUGGAGCACCUAAGUAUAGGAGGAGGAGGUACCCCCAUAGGUUCAACACACUCCGAACCGGGAU